UCAAACAGAUUUAUUUGCAUUGCUACGAGAUAAGUGGAGUGAGAAGUUUGAUUCUUUCAUAACAGAGAAGGUUAUGGCCAUAGCAGGAGAUAUUGCUGUUGAAAAUUUGGGACUAAAAGAUGAAAAUCUUAAAAAUACUAUGUUUCAAGAGAUAGACCUUAUUGUCAAUUCAGCUGCAUCCACCAAAUUCGAUGAAAGGUUUGACAUCUCAAUGGGUGUUAAUACAAUGGGAGCUUUAAAUGUCCUAAACUUUGCCAAAAAAUGUUACAAAAUAAAGCUUGUUGUCCAUAUAUCAACAGCCUAUGUAUGUGGAGAUGAAGAAGAGAUUUUACAAGAGAAAUCAUUUGAGAUGGGUCAAACUCUAAAGGGAACCUCAAAGUUAAACAUCCAAACAGAAAUGAAUUUGUUGGAGAGUAAAUUAGCUGAACUUCGAGCAAUGAAUGCUGAUGAAAACACAAUUACUUAUGCAAUGAAAGAUUAUGGCAUUGAAAGAGCAAACUUGCAUGGUUGGCCAAACACAUAUGUAUUCACAAAAGCAAUGGGAGAGAUGCUUGUAGUGAAUCAAAAAGACAAUAUACCAUUGAUCAUCAUACGACCCACAAUGGUUACCGGUACAAUUAGAGAUCCGUUUCCUGGUUGGAUUGAAGGCGUAAGAACUCUUGACACUGUCAUAUGUGGAUAUGGUCUCGGGAAAUUAGAAAGCUUUGUCGGUAAUCCCAACACUAUUAUAGAUAUAAUACCAGUAGACCUUGUCGUCAAUUGUGUGAUCACAGCUAUUGUUGUUCAUUUGGAUCAAGCUCCAAAAAAAUUCAUCUACCAUAUUUCUUCUUCAUUAAGAAAUCCCUUUAAGUAUUUUGAUUUUCUCAACAUUAUCUAUUAUUAUUUUGUGAAAAAUCCUUGCACAAAUCAAAAUGGAAAACCUAUAGUUAUCUCCAAGAGACUUUGGAUUUCAAGUUUGGCUACCUUCAACAAUUAUUUGACAAUCCGAUAUGUGUUGCUCGCAAAGGAUCAUACUUAUGACAACCACAAAAAAUAUAAAAUGCUUCAAAGAUGGGGGAAACUAUACAAUCCAUAUGGAUUUUUUAAAGCCAUAUUUGAUGACACAAAUGUCGAAAAUUUACGAAGGAUGGCAAAGGGUUAUACAAAGAAUGAAGAAUUAGACUUUGACCCUACUAAUAUUGAUUGGACAAACUACAUGAUGAAUACACACAUCCCUGGCCUCCUUAAGUAUGCAAUCAAACAGUCUAUCAAUUCCAAAUUAUAA